GGUAACAGUUACCAAAAGAGUGUCAGAUGAAGCCAGCUCCCGUCCCGUCCACAGCACGUUUACACUGAAACAACUUCUAACCCGGGCAGGUGGUUACAUGACAGACAGCAUUUUAUUUCAUCUCAUCCAAGGAUAUUUUUCUCGUGACCCAGACAAAGGAACUGAAAGAGUUGGAGCUUUUUUUUUGUUGCCAUUCUUCAUUGCGAGCACAUGUUAUGGAAGGAGGGGCCUUAAACUGAAGCCAGUCCACAAACCAGGCAGCUCCGAAAAAAACAACCCAAACCUCGAUUGUCUCUUUGGAAUGAAUCUUCUCUUCUUAACUGGGUGAAAUGCCUUGACUUUACCCACCACCGUACCAUGGCAGGUCUAGUCUCCUCUGUGGGUUGGCUGGUGAUGUUUAAGGCUCUUAUGCAUGCCCGUAGCCAGCGUGCAGUGUUUCUGGGGAUGACGGUGUUGGUAACGGUGAUCGCAGCUGAUUCACCUGUUGCAGACUCUACACAACACCCCAUGGGAUUUCUUGGAGAUGUUCCAGGUUCAACAGGGUCAUCACCAUUAGCCUUACCAGCCUCACAUCAUACUGCCUUUGACAGCCCAGCAUCACCUGGUGCCCUGCCAUCCAAUUCUGAACCAAACCAUGAAGUUAGAACUGCUGACAUGACACAUUUACAGUUGGGACAUGUUGCUUUUCAAAACUCCUUCACAGCAAGUGACCUCCUUGCAGAAGAAGAACAUCCUCUUUCCACUUUAUCUUUAAGCCCCUCUGAACCUGCAUUGGGGUCUAGCCCACAAUUUGAGGCACCAGCUAAACUCUCCACAGACUGGAAGCUUGCCAGGUCAAAUUCUGCCAAGCAGGCUUCCUCUCCCUCUCUAGCAUCUACAGGAUUCCAGCUGCAGCCUCAGUCAAAUAUAUCCCUAAAGUCAUUAAGCCCCUCUGCUUUUACAAAGUCAACAACACCUCAGCUAGGUCUUAAUUCUGAGCAGAAAGCAACUUUCAGCAAACAGCAGGAUGGUGCAUCAGUGCAAACACCAGCAACCGUGACCUCACUUCCUGGUCAGUCUCUUGAGCCUUCUAAACUGGCUGUCGCUGACACUCUGGCAGAUGAAUCUCAUAGUAAUAUCCUGGAUGUGAACCAGCUGAGCCCCAGCAGUGCCCCUUUGGAGAACAAACCAACACAUGACAUAAACAUGCUACCCAACCCAGAAGAAAUUCUGGCCCCUGGCUACAAUGUGCCUUUCAUUGCUCCCCUCCCUACAUUACCUCCAUCUGAACCCACUGAGGUCUCUCCGGAGGACUUCUACCCCACCAACACGAUGGAAUUUGACUGGGGGUCUGGGGACUACUUGGAGACAAUGUCCUUCUUAAAUUCAGAUGAAGACGACUACUCUCUGGUAACCAAGGUGCCCUCUGACUCGUAUGAUCUGGAGGAAUAUACAGAAAACUAUGACACAUCCUUCCCUUCCAGAGUAGGCAUAUACCCUUCAUCAUUGCAUCCUCUUCAUACCUCUCCUUCUCCCAGCCUCAUGACAGCAUACAGCACGAUUGUUCCACUAAAAACUAUUUCUCCUUCCUUUAUUUCCCCUACAAUUCACUAUAUACUGGAACCUACUCCCACAUCUAACAGCGAUAUUUCUGACGCAUCAGACAUAGAUUGGCCCGAUACUUUCACAAUUCAACCGACGGAUGUCCUCUUACCUGACAUGAACAGCUUGGAGUACUACACCACUCAGCUGACCAGGGAGAACAGCAGUUCAGACACUGGAGCUGAACACAGAGGGAAUGUUACUGUGGUGUCUAUCAGUACUACAGACAUCACACCCACCAGCAGCAUUGCCAAUGAUACCAAAUUGACUGAAGAUGAGUCCUCCAGUGAUCUGUCAGGGUUUGAACCUCCUGAUGAAUUAACCACAGUAGUACCCACAGAGGACAGUCCUCAACUGGUCAAUGCCUCUGAGCCUUUUCUGGAUCCUUCCAUAGUCCCAACCCACUUCUUUGAUCUCUCUUCCUCCACCUGGAGUAGUCAGGUGUCCACCACAGAUUUGGGUGUACCUACAAUAACUGUUGGCCUGGAUAGUACUGCAUUAACAGAAGACCAGAUGAUAGUCAGUACCACACCUUUUCUGCCAGAUGUUGUAAUGUCUUCCUCCUCUUUGACAGAUGUACAUUGGUUUGUUACCGAGUCAUUCCAACAGAGUACUAUACAAGCCACUUCUGUCUUUCCUGCAACCAUACCCUUCUCCCCUGUUCCUACUGAACCAGCUGCCAACACAACUACGACGGAAGUAACUCCCCAAGACUUUACUUUUACAUCUGAACAAACUCCUAAUAUCACUUUAAUUCCAACUGAACCCCCAUCAAAUGUUACUUUGCUCCUACCAGACGUGUUAGGUGAUCAGGGCGUGACUGAAGAUGGAAUUGACAUUUCAGCCACAAUGACCUUGAUUCCAACUAGCAGUGAAGCUAAUACAGUCUCUGCUGUACCCACAACUACAACUGCCGCCACUACUUCUCAUCAAGCCACAAGUAGAACUACUGCUGCCACUGAAGCCUCAACUAGUGUCAGCAUCAUCUCUACCACCAGUGAAAAGACCACAGUUACAACUACAACUACAACAACAAUAUCAAGGCAGUACCUCUGUAACCUUGACAGGCCUGCUUAUUUAGUAAAAAUUGGUUUUCCUUCUGGGGCCACGGUUGGGUAUGCCAAAUCUCAAGUGAGAGACAUCCUGAAAGGAGAAUUCAACAAGUCAGUGGAGUUGCAGGUUGUGGACCCCCCACCAAAGUUUGUGUUUCGGGUGGUGUCUGGCCCAGUUGUUUACACAGCCAUAUCUGUCAUCAACGCACUGCGAAGGUCUGGCCGCCGCUUCCUGUCGGUGUCUCCCAACUGGGCAAUACCAGACAAUAAAUAUCAAAUCCACACAGUGCUGCAGUUUGUUCCUGGUCACAUAGAUGUGCGGUUCUGCAACUUCAGUGAGAGCAUUGAGAAAGGUUUGACCAUGGCCUUUGCAGAAAUGCGUCGGCGCUCAAAGGAGUCAACCAACUUUACAGUGCAUAUUGUAAACAUCACCAUGGCUGCUCCUAAGUAUCAGGAACAACGGCUUGUGAGGCAGCCGGUGGACAUCACCUUCACUGUGCGUAGUUCAAGAGGUUAUCUCAUGGGCUCAGAGGUUAGCAACGCUCUGAUGAAGCUCACAAUGGUGGAAUUCAGCUAUUACAUGGGCUUUCCUGUACUGCAGAUUGCUGAGCCUUUCCAUUAUCCGGAGUUAAACACCAGCCAUGUGCUUCGCUCCUCCUGGGUUAGAACAGUACUCCUGGGUGUGCUGGACCAGAAAGUAGGCGAGAGGACUUUCCAAGCCAGCAUGGAGCGCCGGGUGGCUAUGUUACUCGGGGAGGCAAUGGGAUUUGUCAGACGUGUUAAGAGAGCGACCACCAUAGGCAACAGCAGUGUUCAGGUUGUAAGUGCGAGUCGACUGGUAGGUGUGGACCAUCCAUUGGAGAUAGUGUACUUUGUGGAGGGUCCCAGUGGUCAGAGGGUGCCUGCAGCUCAAGCAGCCAACCUACUUAACAAUAUGGACGUUCAAAGGGCUGCCAUCAUCUUGGGAUAUCGUGUCCAGGGCAUUUUGGCACAGCCGGUAGAGAAGGUGGCAACCUCACCCACUGAUGCUGAGAACACAAACAUGUGGAUCGUCAUUGGAGUGGUGAUUCCCCUCCUCGUGGUGAUCGUCAUCAUUUCCAUCCUGUACUGGAAACUGUGUCGGACAGACAAGCUGGAGUUCCAGCCAGACGCUAUGACCUCCAUCCAGCAGAGACAGAAGUCUACUGCCUCAUUCAGAGAAUCAAGGACCUCCCUUCCCCAGACACUCCCUCCAUUUAAAAAAGAUAUAGAUUAUAGUGAGGAGGAGUAUGAGGAAGAAGAAGAGGAGUAUGAAGAGGAGGAAGAGGAGGAGGAGGAGAAGGAGAUUAAAACAGGGAAGAAACCAGUAGCUCUUCCCAAGAGCAAACAGAGUAUGAGCAGUGAGGAGGAAGAAGAGGAAGACGAAGAAGAAGAAGAGGAGGAGGAGGAAGAAGAGGAGGAGGAAGAAGAAGAAGAAGAAGAAGAGGACAAAGAUGAGGCAAAGAAGGGAAUCAAACAAGAAGAGCAAAGGAGACAAGGGCAAAGCAAAGCAAUGAUAAUGAAAACAGGGGAGACGAAGAAAGAAGACCGAACGAAAGUGUUAACUAAAGGGAAGAGAGCCACACAGGAGUUGCAGGCCCCCAGUGUGAAAGGUUUUGACUUUGCCAAGCUCCAUCUUGGCCAGCAGAGUAAGGAUGACGUCAUGGUGAUUCAGGAGCCUGUCCCGCCAGGGCCUGGCCCUGGACCCCUGCCCGUGUCCAUUAAAGACGGCUUCAGUCCAUCUGAGAACGGGGAGAUCCCUACACCAAUAUCCAAAAACUCUGCCUCUUCCAUCAAGACGUCCCGCAGUGGUCGAAGGCGAGGAAGGAUCUCGCCGUCUGACGGUGACUCAGUGGUAAGUGACCGUUCCAGUGAGCGCGAAUCAACCGAGGAGAACCUGAGAGCUCACACCACGCCCAGCGACAGCAAGCAGACCCGUAAGAUCCCCAUCAAUGUUUUAAAUGGCAAGAAUAGAAUUGGUCCUCCUCCUAUGAACGGUACAAAUGAGCAGCUAUCCUCAGCCUCCAUCUUCGAACAUGUUGAUCGGAUGUCUCGUGCGGCAGAUGCAAGCAGGAGACUCCCCAACAAAGUCCAGCUUAUCGCCAUGCAGCCCAUGCCCGUACCACCGCUGCAUAGCCCACCUGUCAACGGAAAACUGUCUCCUGACUCCAACCAAAUCAACAAAGAGAUCCAGGUCGCAUUGAGGCACAAGUCAGAGAUUGAGCACCAUCGCAACAAGAUACGUCUGCGUGCCAAGAGGAAGGGCCACUACGACUUCCCCACCAUGGAUGACAUGACGAGUGGCCACGCAGAUCAGAAGGACCAGGAUCGCAUUUAUCAGAAAGCACAGAUACAGAUCGAUAAGAUCCUGGAUCCAGAUGCCCAGAUGUCAUCCAUCUUUGUGGGAUCCAAGAAAAGUGGUCGAGGGAGGCGCUCUCCUAAACAGAGGAUGAAGGAGCAGCUGAAUGGAGGCAUGAUGGAAGCAGACAAAGACCACCUCAUCACUGAAGACAGUGAUGCUGCUUACAGAAAGUGUCCUGGAGUCAACAAUGUGGCCUAUGUGUCGGACCCUGACCAAGGCCCAGGAUCUCCUCACAGGAGCCCCUCCCCCACAGACGACGUUUUCUUGGGACCCACUUCCUCUCCUCCAGGCCAUGCCCCUCCCCCACCCCCUUACAUGCCUCCACAGCCCUCCAUUGAGGAGGCGCGGCAGCAGAUGCACUCCCUGCUGGACGAUGCCUUUGCUCUAGUGUCGCCCACCUCUCAGGGCAGCACAGCAGGGAUCACUCUCCCAGGGGUCAACACCAAUCCCCCUGCCUCCAGCCCUCCGGGUCGUGGCCCCAGACCUUGGGGUCCAUCGUAUCCACCUCCUAGCUCUUUUCCUUCUAGGUUCACUGAGCUGGGAAUGUCCCCUCCUUCUGUCCAAGGCCUCACACCAAGGCAGGCUCUUGGCUCGAGUUACCUGCCACCAGGAGAAACAGCGGGGCAAUGUGAGCAGCUCCAGCCAGACAGCCUGUACUCCAGCAGGGGCCUCUACGCUGAUGAGCUCCCCUCAUCUGCCAGACCGCGACCAGUAGGGGGAACUACAGGUGCCCAGCUCCAUCAUCUUACACAGGUGGGAUUGUCCAGCCGGGUGAAUGGUUACCCAGCAGGGGUCAGGGCUGCUCCAGGCCACAACGGAGGCAUUGGCUGGAACCACUACCAUGACGACAAUUUCUCCAGGACGGAGCCUGAAAAAGAUGCAUACCUGGACUGUCCUGACUACUCGCCCCCCUCUAUCUUCCAGACGCCCAGAAGUGGUAUCAGGGAGCCCUCCGCACCCCCUGUCCACCUAGACAACCCUGUGGGCUAUCUGUCAGCCCCACCGCCGCUGGUCACAUCUCCUCCUACCCAUUCCUCUGCCUCCCUGAUCAAGGCCAUCAGGGAGGAGCUGUUGCGUCUCUCCCAGAAACAGGCGGCUGUGCCCAGCUACCACAGCUGAAGCUCCGGCCUCCGGUCUGUAGCUCUUAACCAGUCAUGCCACUGACCCUGCCUGCCUGCUUCGCCUAAUCUGACAAUACUUCCCAUGGAAGUCCCUGAGGGUGUACAGCAGAGAGAUAGUCCUGCUAAACUGAAGUAAAGAGGUGGCUGAUAGAGAUUUCUCCCUGAAGAGGCUGUCCUCAUGAGAAACUGACUGACAGGAUGGUUGAUAAAGCUCUUUAGAGUACAGAAUCAGAUCAGCUGCAGUAUGUCCAAUCAGACAGUGUAAUGAAAUGAAGAACAACAUGAACGGUAAAUGCUAGAAGCUUUUUGAGAUGACAUGACAUGUCUGGACUGCCCAUGUGUCUGUCCUGCACUUCAUUGUGGAUCAGGGAAGGAUCAUGCCAACGUUCUGGCCACCGUGGAUCCACAUUCUGGACUUCUUUGAGAUUUUGCUGCAUUUCUUCAGACUCAGUAUUCUGUUCCGUGGUUUCAUUCUCAUGCUGCCUUCACAGAACAGAAACACACCCGUCAUUAUUUUUCAUCGCUUUAACCACCAUACAGGUAUUUGUUGUAUUCCAGGUGCAGGCCCUUCUCCUCCUUAUCACCAUCAGGUGCUACUUUCCUGUUUUCUGCCAUGAUGAGCCAUGCUAUGCCUUGACACUGUGAUGUAAUUCACCCGACCCGAUCUGCUGUACAAGCCUACAGUGAGGUCCUACUUCACAGCCAGCGAGCCAGUUCAGACAGUAGGCACAAAGGGGCAUCUAUAAAGACUUGUAACACUUAUAAACACUACCUAUUCUUUCCGUACUUGUUGCAGUAGUACAGGGUUAGUCUAAGUUGAUUUUUUUUUUUUGACCUGUUGACUCACAGUACAUACUAGUUUUUUGAGGACAGCAUUCAUGUCCUGUGUUUUUAUUUAUGUUCAGUAGCUAACAGAUGGCUAGACAAACAUGGGGGAAGAAAGCAGCCUUUAACCUUCAUACUUCAGAGGCAGAUGUUCAAGGUACAGAUGUGUUACAAAAUAAUGAAUGAAGAGUAUGUACUGACAGUUAGGGUGCAUUGUAUGCACUCAGUAUUUGGUUGUAACUUGAUGCACUGUAUGCAGACUACUUGGUACAGCUCAGGUCAUUCAAAAAGAGAUUACUUUCGGACAAAUCAGUGUUAAGACAGUUUGAUAGAUCACAUGGAAGAACUGUUAAUGAGGGAAAAUCAUAGAGACCAGAAAUCUGUUCAAACAUGAACCUGUAUCGACAAUGUAUUGAACAACCAUCUAUGUUUCAUGCAGUAUUCAAAGUUUGUUUUGCCUUUGUGCUAACGCAGAAAGGAAAAAUGUAAAAAUGUACUGUAUCUGUCACUUACGGUUUACUUCAAGCAGUCAUUUAUGUGCUUUUGGAUUUACCUUGCCUCGUGUCAUUUUGUUCUCUAGUCAUCAUGCUGGUUGGAAAUCAUUCUAGGUUACCUUUUCUUUCCCCACAUGACCCUCCCCUGACGUGUUGUGAUGUUUUGGGGGACCUGAAGUGAUAUUUUAUUUAAAUCAAAUAAAAGAGAGAAUUAUGGAUUUUAAAAAAGCAGGGUAUGUUUCAAAAUGUGUACCAGUGCUGGAUUAUAAAUCUUCCCUACGCAAGCAGCAUUUGGCAGGGAGUUGAAACGUUCUACAGAUGUUACCAGAAUGUAACUUUCCAUCCUUUUUUUGUUUGCAAUGUGAUGUGCCUUUUAGACUCACCUGAACACAUGAAGUACUAGGGACAACAUUCCUUCUGUCACACGGUAUCGAAGGUUGUGUUUUUCAGCCUGAAUUACAACAGUAGUUUUUACUAAAAGACUAAAAAUAUGACAUUAUGGCAUCUGUUGAAGCUUAAAUGAUCAAACAUUCUCAUCGUAUGGAGUUUCAUUGAGUUCGUUUCUGGUUUUCCAUUUCACCUCAUCUGUUGAUGUUUUGUGUUGUCACACUGUAUGCCUCCAUCUGCUGGUUCUGUACUGUAACAACAGCCCAUCCACUUGCGUUCAUCCUCAGUUCUUUUAUAUUAUUAUUAUUUUUAUUUUUUUGGUGUUGUUGUUUUUACUCAUCUAUUUCUACGUCUUGUAUUUUGUGAAAAUGAUCUGUUGGCUGGCCCAACUUUAUGUUUGAUUGAUGUUGCAUGCUUAAUUAUUGUAUUUCUUUUGUUUGUUUUUGCGCAUGCUGUUCCAGAAUUCUUGAAAUACAAAAAAGAAAUUGUCACACAGUGUGUCUUCAGAUUUUAAGUUCAUAACCAUAAGUCUUGGCAUGAUUUGAUGUGUUUAUAGUUGU